UUCCACUCAUUAAUCACACGCAUUUACUCGCCGUACAAGUAAAAGUGAAUAUCAUUUUUCAAAAAAAGGCGGAAUGAGUGUGCCGUUGCCUCAUUUCCUCGUUAGUUUUAGGCGAGGGCAAUUAAAAUCGCUGCUCACUCACAGCUCAUAAAAACCCUAAUCAGCUAGCGAAAUUUUCCUUCCUUUUUUCAAAGUCCACAGAAGAAAUGGGAUCGUCAGAUUGUUCUACCAAUUCUGAAAAAUCUGCCGAAAAUGAGAAUAGAUUUCAUUGCAGACGGUCAUUGUUUAUCACAUCUUCCCAUUCUUCUUGUUCUGCUUCUUCAGAAAGCAGUGAAAAGCAACGGAGAAAUAUUCCCGCCAUGGAAAAUAAUGAUUAUGCUUGGUCACCACUGAAACCCUGUUCAAUUAAGCGACAGAGGGAGGUUGGAGGCGGGAAAGGAAAGGAAAAGGCAAAGGAAAACAAGAAUGAGAAGAAGACAAAGGAAAAUGCUACUGUAGUAAAACUUGACAAGUCUGGAAAAGGAAAGAGAGCAGCUUGGAACGCAAAGGACGAAGUUGCGCUUUCAAGGGGAAUCAGAGGGUGCUCCGAAAAGGGUAAGCCAUUGCCUAGAAAUUCUGUUAUAUUCAACAAUGUGAAGAGCAAGCUUGAUGACGAGUACAGCGACACACAGAUGUCCAACAAACUAAAGUUGUUUAGAUCUGCUACGGAGAAGACGAAGAACCCUGAUUUUGGCUUCAAGAAUGCACACGAAGAAACUGCCCAUAAUUUGUCAAAGGAAAUUUGGGGGAAAAAGGAAGAGGAGGAGACCGCCCCUGGAAAUAAAAGGGUAGCAGACAUGUGGUGCGAUGAUGAAGAAGAAAAGAAGAAGAACAAGGAGGCAGAGGAAGACCUAAACAUAGGGUCUGUGAAGGUUUCAGUUUCCUCCCUUGUUGAGGUCAUUAUAGAGGUGGUUAAAGAAAGUAUGGAUGCUCAAAAAGAGUUUUUUAAGGAGAUGCUUAAUGAGAACAGAAAUACGAUGAGUAAGCACAAAGAUGAACUGCUUGCGGCAAAUCAGAAUAUGUUAAAGCAAGUGAUCCAAGCUAAUCCGAGAUUUUCCAGCAAUAGAUAAUGUGGGGACUUCCUCCAGAAAGGAUGCUGUAGAAACAUCCAGGUAAAUAUUGAGCAAGGCCCACAACUCACAAAUCCCUGCCAUCAUGGAGAGGACUGGAUCCACAAAACUAGAGCCAUUUUUUUGGCAUGUUGAAUUUGAAUCAUUUGACUUUCUAUCGAAAUGGAAGUCCUUUACUUAAGUUAGAAUUCUGUAGCUUCAAUUACUUCGAGUACAUGUACUAAAAUGGAAACUACUUAGAACUUACAUGAAACACUCAUUCAUGUCAGUUUUGUUGCUCUCUGGAAAUACACAAAUUUGAGAUUUCAAUUUAAAUAGUGGGCUUGAAUAUUUACUCCACUCUAAGAAACUUCCUAUGGGGCUUAAAACGAUGUAACUAGACUAUUUGGUCUACACCAAGCAUCUUUAUAUGGGUCUUAUAGAAAA